CUUUACUCUCUCCUUCUUCUUGUGAUACCAACAUGGUAUCAGAGCUGUAAAAAGCUCUGGUGACCUCGAUCCGUUCCUCUUCCUCAAUCUUGUUCGUUCAAGAUUUGCAGCUCCUUCUUCGUUCUUUCUCGAUUUUUUUUCUCUUUCUCUCUCUGCAAAUCUUCUUCCUCACCAUGGAUCACCAGAGCUAUGCUGACUUUGCUACGAACUCUGCGAAUCCCUUCUACCUCCACCCUAACGAAAGCCCUGCCUUGAUUCUUGUUGCUCCACCUUUAGACAACAAGAACUAUCACACAUGGUCGCGCUCGAUGCACAUCGCCUUGAUUUCGAAGAACAAAGAAAAGUUCAUCGAUGGAUCGUUUCCCAAACCGUUCGUCACUGAUCCUUUGUAUGCUUAAUGGAUUCGAUGCAACACUAUGGUGCUUUCUUGGAUUCAACGAUCAAUUUCAGAUUCUAUCGCGAAGUCUGUGUUGUGGAUUGAUUCGGAUUCAGGAGUGUGGAAGAAUCUCCAGAUUAGGUUUUCGCAGAGCGACGUGUUUCGCAUCUCAGAUAUCCAAGAAGAACUUUAUCGCUUCCGCCAAGGUACACUCGAUGUUUCUGAAUAUUUUACUCAGUUAAAGAUGCUUUGGGAUGAACUUGAGAAUUAUCGUCCUCUUCCGUUUUGUACAUGUUCCUUUGCUUGUUCUUGUGGUGAUGUGGAUUCUGCCAAGGUGUAUCGUGAGCAAGAUUACGUUAUCCGGUUCUUGAAAGGAUUGAAUGAACGGUUCACUCAAUCAAAGUCUCAGAUCAUGAUGAUGACACCACUACCCUCCAUUGACAAAGCCUUCUCUCUUGUUAUCCAACAAGAGCGAGAAUUGAAUUAUGCAUCCCCAGCUGAGUCUGUCAAUUCUGAGGUCACAGCUCUCCAUGUUAAGGCUCCACAAGGGAAACAGUCACAACCUCCAAAGGGAAGAGGAUCAUUUCCACCUAAGGGAACAAACCGAGUUUGCACGCACUGUGGGAGAACUAACCAUACCAUAGAGACUUGUUUUCAAAAACAUGGAUAUCCACCUGGAUAUUGGCAGAAGAAUAAAGGCCAGAAUGCUCCAAAUCCUACAAAUGGUUCUCCACAAUCACAGGCCAAUAAUGCAUCCAAUGGUUCAGUGUCUGCAGAAUCUUCUCCAACCUCUGCGUUUGGUUUCACUCAAGAGGAAUUUCAGAGUCUUCGAGCCUUACUUCAGCAAUCAAAAUCCACACCUGCUGCAAAUUCAAUCACCACCUCACCUUUGGCCUUGAAUUCUCAAACACCUAUGAGUAUUGAACCAUUUGAGGCAAACGAUUGGUACAGCUAGGCUGCACAGAGGGCUUUACAUCAUAGAUACUAAUACUCAGCAUUCCCAUUGUAAUGCUCUUGUUUCAAAUUCUUUUGAAACUUGGCACCUUAGGCUAGGCCAUGCUUCAGAUUCUUGUAUAGAUACACUUGCUAAGAAUUUUCCUCUCAUUCCAUGUAAUAAGAAUA